GAUUUAGAUUUUAGAUCUAAAAAAAAAUGAUUCGUUUUACAUUACAAUUUGUUCAUUACAACAAAAAUAUUAUAUCAAACAAACUAUUAACUCCAAUUAAACCAAUAACUUUUAUUCUUUCAAGAAAUAACUCAAAUAACUCUUCAAGUUCAAAUUCUCCUUCACCUACUGAAAAAAUUGUUCAUGAUUCAAAUUUUGAUCCUUCAUUACCUUAUAGUAAUUUACCGCCAAUACCACGUCCAAAUGAAUCAAUAGAAAAAAAACGUUCUCGUUUACUUUAUCAAUCUCGUAAACGUGGUAUAUUAGAAACGGAUUUAAUAUUAUCCACUUUUGCUAGUAAAUAUUUAAAAACUUUUAAUGAGCAAGAAUUAAAAGAAUAUGAUGAAUUAUUAGAUACACCUGAUUGGGACAUUUAUUAUUUUACUAUUGAUAAAAAACCAAUACCUGAUAAAUGGAAAAAUAGUAUUAUUUUUAAUAAAUUAAAACAACACGUCAAAAAUGAAGGUAGAAUUACCCUAAGGGUACCUGAUUUGUAGAUAGAGAAAUUUAAUGUUCUAGUUUAGUUUUGGGGCCUAUAGCUAUACAUUUAAAACGAGUUUGGCAAUUCAAUGCAAUUAUGCAAUUCAAUAAACGAGAUCAAGAUUAAAAUUGAUAAUGAAAAUGGGAUACUUAAAAAUAAUUUUUAUUAC